UGUAUGUAUGUACUAACAAUAGAAUUUCAUCACACAGGCCACCAUUGUCAUCAUCUUCUGCCAACUGUUGCAUUACCCUCUUCGGCUGCUGAACCAGCCCCGUGUCAUCGCCGAGGUUCUCGGCGGCAUCUUGCUGGGUCCGUCGGUGAUGAUGCGAAUUCCGGGAUUCAAAGCCGCCAUCUUUCCCGAGGAGUCCUUACCCGUCUUCAACAAUGUGGCCAACUUGGGUCUGCUGGUCUUCCUCUUCCUGGUUGCCCUAGAGGUGGAUAUCCGUCUGUUCACCCAUAAUUGGAAAGCUGCCCUGAGCGUUGGUCUGGCCGGGAUGGUCCUACCCUUUGGCCUGGGCUUCGCCAUAGCCUAUGGCAUCUUCCACCAGUUCCAACCCGGCAACACCGAGCAUCCUGUAGGCUUCGGGACUUUCGGCCUCUUCGUCGGUACCGCUCUCGCCAUCACCGCCUUCCCCGUCCUUUGCCGCAUUCUCAGCGAACUGAAUCUGCUUCGUUGCGAUGUGGGUGUUACGGUAUUAGCUGCCGGCAUCGGCAACGAUGUGACCGGCUGGAUCCUCCUCGCCCUGUGCGUUGCAUUGGUCAACAACAGCAACGGCCUCGCUGCUCUCUGGGCUUUGUUAUGCUGCAUCGGCUGGACUCUGGUCCUGGUCUUCCUCGUCCGACCCCCUUUUAUGUGGGUCUUGAGACGGACGGGAAGCCUGCAGAACGGUCCUACUCAGGGCAUGGUCGCUUUGACCAUGCUCAUGAUACUCGUCUCGGCUUGGUUUACUGGUAUCAUCGGUGUUCAUCCCAUCUUUGGCGCAUUUCUGAUCGGCCUGAUUUGUCCGCACGACGGCGGUUUUGCCAUCAAGCUGACCGAGAAGAUCGAAGACCUGAUAUCGGUUCUGUUCUUGCCCCUGUAUUUUGCCCUCUCGGGUUUAAACACGAACCUGGGUCUUUUGAAUGACGGCAUCACCUGGGCAUAUGUCGUCGGCAUCACCGUGUGCGCCUUUGUCGGCAAGAUUGCGGGCGGCACGCUCGCGGCCAGGGCUAAUAAGCUCCUCUGGCGCGAGAGUCUGACAAUCGGCUGUUUGAUGAGUUGCAAGGGUCUGGUCGAGCUCAUUGUUCUGAACAUUGGUCUCCAAGCGGGUAUCCUGUCAGAAACCACCUUCACCAUGUUUGUUGUCAUGGCCUUGGUGACAACUGUCGCAACUACGCCCCUUACCAAGGCCUUGUAUCCGCCAUGGUACCAAAAGAAAGUCGAUAAAUGGCGGAGAGGGGAGAUCGACUGGGACGGGAACCCCAUCAGCUCUUCUGACUCUGACCAGCACCACGAGAAGCCCGUCGAAUCGCAAAUUCGUCGCCUCAUGGUGCACCUCCGUCUCGACAGUCUCCCGAGUUUGUUCACAUUCAUCGCCCUUCUCAGCCCCGAGAGUGUCUCCACGCCCGUGCCCGCCCAAUCAGAUGAAAAAGAAUCUGGGUCACAAAGCGAGGUGGUCCGGGUCAAGAAGAAGCCGCUUGAGGUUCACGGCCUGCGCGUCGUUGAACUCUCCAACCGUACAUCGUCGGUCAUGCAUCUGACUGAGGGGGAAGACUUUUAUUCUCUUCAAGACCCCGUCGUCAAUGCUUUCCUGGCCUUCUCCCAGCUCCACGAUGUUGCUGUUUCUGGCCGUGUCGCAGUCGUCCCAACCGACGCAUACGCUGAGACCCUCAUGCACCGAGCCUCGGAGGUCUCAUCGGACUUUGCACUGAUUCCCUGGGGCGAAUACGGAAGCGUAUCCGAUGACAUGUCCCUCCCAGUCAGCAUGAGCGGAAGCGAACGUUUCCGGCCAAACGCCAAUCUUGAGUUUAUCAGCCAAACGCUGCAGCAAGCCGCACAUACCUGCAACGCGGGCAUCUUCAUUGAUAACGGCUUUGGCGGUAUCACCAAAUCCGUCGACCGCCCGGGCCUCUCCCGCUCGAAGAGCGCUCUCUCCAUCCGCAGCUUCCGCACCGAGCUUGCCGCCCUCCCCGUGGCCAACAAGUCCCACCAUAUCUUCCUUCCCUUCUUCGGUGGACCCGACGACCGCGUUGCCAUUCGAAUCGUUCUGCAGCUCGCUCUAAACAAGCAUGUCACAGCCUCCAUCGUGCGUGUGAACUGGCCGACCUCGGCUCCAGCCGAAACCUCAACAGCCUCAGCAGCAGCCACCACCACCACCACGCACCCUCCCAACGCGCAGUCCGCACUCGCCCACCAAGAACAACUAGAUGCCGCCUUCUUCUCCACCAUGCGAGACUCACUUCCUGCUGACCUCGCCCCGCGCGUCGUCUUCAGCGAGCUCGACAUCAGUCCAUCUACCGCAGUCCCCACGGCGCUCACCGAGAUCUUAUUGCUGGCCCAGAGAACUGUAGGGCAGACACCCAAAAACGCGGGCGACGUGGUUGUCUUGGGCAGGCGGAUUAGCCGGUUUGGUGAUGCCGUUCCGGGCUCCGCGGAUGUGCAGGGUACAGGUGGAAGUGCCGCAGGUGGGAGUGGUGCGGUUGGUGGCGGUGGUCCCGCCGGCGCUGGUGCUGGUGCUGGCGGUGGUGAUGGCGGCGGAAGCACGGAUCUGAGGAGGACGGUGGGUGCUGUUGCGGAGAAACUAGUCACGACUGGGGUGAAGGCAAGUAUAUUGGUUGUGCAGGCUGGGGGGAGGGGUUUGGAUGCUGUUUACGCUUAGGAAUGUGUGCUGGGUUUGUUUACCUUGGUUUGGCUUAAAUAAAUGGCUUAGGGGGUAAGGUUCUUCCUUUCUUCAUUCACACCUUUCUUUUCCUCCCGCCCCUUUUUUCUUACCUCUCAAUAGGGUAUUCAAUUGGUUGCUAGGGUACGCUCGGUUCCGAUGUUGGCGGUUUGGGUUUAAGGCUCGGUUCCCUUGACGAUGAUCGGAGCAGCAUGACGAUGACAAUGUUGCAUAUGGCGUCAC